CCGCUCAAAGCAUCUGCGUUAACCCAAACCCCAGGAUUGACUUCAAACAACCUCUUUCGCUGUAGUGUCAGCAUCAGCACAUGUUAUAUUCAUAGAACACUCUUCUGGGAUAUAGCCAAGGAUGGACGCAACCAACACCACCACCAGACCCCGUAACGAUGGGAACCUGAGUCGAAGGACACCGGUGGAUAACAAGGAUCCCGAUCCGGUCAUGUCGAGACUGUUCAAGAUGUUCAGCAACGUCUGGUCACCAGAAAACGAAGCUGGGAUCGUCAACCUGGGCGUGGCCGAAAACUCGUUGAUGGCAGACGAGCUCGUCGAGUUCUACCGGACCGAGUUGGCAAAUACGUUCGACCACACAGGGUUGACGUACGGUGACAACCUGUACGCUAGUAAACGGACCACUUUGGCCUUGUCCGGGUUUCUCAAUAGACACUUCAAACCUCACCUUCCCAUCGAUCCCGCCCACAUAGUAACAGGCAACGGCGUCUACUCGCUCCUCAACCACCUCAUGCACGCCUUGCUAGACCCGGGAGAAGGCAUCAUCUUACCCUCGCCUUAUUACUUGGGCUUCGAUACGAUGUGUACCAAGCGGGUCGGAGGGGUCUUGGUCGGGGUCAAGAUGGACGACUUGGUCGAAGGUCAGGAAGGCAGUGUGAAUGUGGAGGAGACGAUAACGAGGUUCGAGGAGAGGUUGCAAGAGUCUGAACGGGAGGGCGUCAAGAUCAAGGUCUUGCUCCUAACAAAUCCAGGGAACCCUAUCGGAAGAACCCUCUCCCGGGAAAUGCUCCUCGCCUACUGCCGCUUUGCCGAGAAACAUGACCUCCACUUGAUCUCGGACGAGGUCUAUGCGCUGAGCGUGUUCGAGAACGACCGGCUGCCGGAUGCGCUGCCGUUCACGAGCUUGUUGAACAUCGACCUCGAACGGGAACUCGGGGAGUCGUUCGAUAAGAAACGGGUGCACGUGGUACAUGGGAUGAGCAAGGACUUUUGUUCCAACGGCCUGAGGUUCGCCACCCUCGUCUCACAAUACAACACCGAACUCCACCGGGCCAUGGCCUCCUUCGGCCUGUUUAUCAAGCCCAGCUCUGUCAGUGACGCCCUGUUGUAUGCCCUGCUCACCGCCCCACCCCCGACCGGCGAUGAAGAUCUUCAAAAAGAUGGCCACGCGGGGUCCUUUGAAUGCUACGCCGACUGGUUCAUCCAUACCAAUCAACGACGCAUGCGGGACGCCUAUCGGUACAUGCGCGAUAGGCUCGAGAGGGCCGGGUUGGAGGUGGUCCCUUCUCAUGGGGGGCAUUUCAUCUGGACCAAAGUCUCGAAGAAGGCAGGGUGGGGGAGUUGGGAGGGCGAGUUGGACGGGUUUGGCAAGAUCUUUGAUGCGGGGGUUUAUAUCGCCCCGGGAUCGCUCUUCCACGCAUCCACGCCGGGGCACCUCCGAUUUACGUUUACGGUCCCGCGGCCGUUGAGCGAGUUGGGGCUCGAUCGGUUCGAAGGCGUUCAUCUGGCGACGUCCAAGGGGUCGACGAGGGAUGGCGGCGAGUGAGACGGCGAGAAAAGGAGGGGAAGCACGAGGUAGAGGGAGAGACGGGAUAUGUAACGAGCUGGGUGUAUUGCGAUUACGAUUGUGAUUGAGCGCCGGAGCGUCGAUCGCCAGGAUCUACGGGGGCAAGGGUUACUGGCUGGCAAAGGGUAAUUCCUUCCAAGUAGCGCGAUGGUUGAUGAAUCUCGCGUAGGGAAGGGGAUCGGGGGGACUUGUAGAAGAGAAGGGUCUGGUGAAUGGCAAGACGGUCGCACG